AUGAAAAGUGAGAAUCUGAGACGGAGAACCCGAGUUAAUAUUGUCUUCGUCUUCGCGAUUGAAUUUAGCAAUAUUGCUAUUGAGCCAUAUGGCAGAAAAAUUGACCGAGGCUUGGAUCAAAAAAUAAAAAACCUCCCGCAAAGGGUCUACAAUGAAAGUCUUCGCGCAAAGAAGUUUAUUUCCAAAUGGUCGGUGCCAGUACUCAAUCAAAGCCCCGCUAACGAUUCUGUGGACUUUUUGGCUAACGUUCCGAAUCGAGAAAAACUAGAGAAGCGAUUCGAUAAGGGCAUGUUAUAG